AUGCUAAUCUUUGAACUGCUUGCUGUUAUCAACCUUUUCUUGACUGGAGUCGUCGCCUCGGCGCCGUGGAGGGCCGAGUUGGUCCUCGCGCCGAUUUUCCUUCAAGUUCCGCCGUGUGCGGCAGACUGCGCCCUCGAUGGGCUCUCGACGACGACAUGCCCAUAUUCUAACCAGACGUGUCUGUGUCAAGACGACGACUGGUUCGUGGGUUAUCUCACACCAUGCAUACGCAACAACUGUCCACCUGAGGAGAGCCUUGCGGCUAUCAAUGCAACCUCUACUAUUUGCAACCGUCCUCCGGCAAAUCACUAUGUCGAACUUCCCCUCGGCAUCGGGAUCAUGGCAGCCGUUCCGACGCUGUUGAUUAUAAUUCGGCUAGCUUUAAAGCUGGCCAAGGUCUCAAGCUGGUAUCACGAUGAUACCACCAUCAUACUGGCUUGGGUCAUAUUCAUCUUUGAACCGUUCUACUUUGUCAUGAUAUGUCUAGUCAAGUCCUCCAUCCUAUUCACCUACAUGCGCAUCUUCCGCGAGCCCGACGCCCAUCGCGUGUUUCGCUUCACGCACUACUUCAACAUGUUCCAGACGGGCGUUUUUAUAAUCUUGUGUUUUGUGCAGUGUCGGCCCCUGGACCACUUCUGGCUCGGCUGGACCGGCAACAAACAUCCUGGUUCCUGCUGGCACAUGAACGACAUACCCGUCAUCCACGCAAUCGUCGGGGUAUUGCUAGAUGUGUGGAUGUUUGGUCUACCGGCCACUUUGGUGUGGCGGCUCAACUUGAAGAGUAGGGAGAAGAUUGGGGUUCUGUUAAUGUUUGGGUUUGGUCUCUUCCUCAUCGUAAUAAGCUGCAUCCGCAUCCCCCUCCUCCUAAACGUGUCCCCAUCGACGGCCGUGACCGACGAGUCCCUCGGGGGAGCCAUCUUGUCGAGCGUCGAGGUCUGCAUCGGGAUCUGCGUCGCCUGCAUGCCGGCCCUGCGCCAGUUCAUCAGCGUCAUGGCCGCGCCGCGCAUCCGCCGCCUCCUUGGCCUGCCGGAGAAGCCGCGCCGCGGCACCAACACGGGCCGGUCCAACACCACCGCCGCGAGCAACAGCAGCGCCGCCAGGGCCAGCGCGCUGCAGAAGCAGCUCUCGGCACCGCCCGGGACGGCCACGACCAAGGCGGGAACGGCCAGGUCGGUGGAUGCAGUGCUGCGGCCGCCGCCGCCGCCGCCGAGGAAGUCGAGAGAUAGCAGCGGCAGCAGCAGCAGCCGCAGCAUCGCGUUGAGGCCGCUGCCGCCUCCGGAUCUGCGACCGCCGCCACCGGUGCUGAGGCGUGGGUGCAGGGCGCCGGGGUCGAGGGACAGCACGUGCAGCGCGGGCGACAGGAGGUCGCGGGUGACGUUUGUGGACGUGGACCAGGGCGCGGCGAGGCUGCUGCGGCCGAUGAGCGGGGUCUUUGUCAAGUCCGAGUCGGCGGCGGCGGCGCUGGAGGGGGAGGCGGUGAUUGACUUUUCGGACCUGCGGGCUGUGGAGAUGCGCGGUGAUGGUGGGACGGCGGCUAGUAGGGAGAGGUUGGUGGAGGAUAAUUGGACAUCACCAAGGCCGAUCAGCGAGGUCGACUUGAUUGAGAGUUACCGAGUGCCUAGCGUCUAUGUGCCGAGUUUUGGGAGACGGCCGUCGUCGACCUCCCCGUCCGUUCUACAAAAACCAUCUAAACUCCUCAGCCCUCGGCCCAUCCCUCAGCUUGUGGGUCGGCACGUCCCUGGCACUAAGACGGACACCCUGUCGUCUGUUCCUGGCCUUGUUGUCAAAAAACAUGUAGGUAAACAUGGAUGCGGCAGCCAACGCUCCGGCAGCACCAAAGCAGGCCACCGUUAUAAGACCCUUCUCGUACUUGGGCGCAUCCUCGAGCCGAAAGAUGUUGCUGGGAACGAGACCCAUCAGGUUGGCAAGGGGUACACCGACCGAGGUAAGGACCAGGCGCUGGCCUUCGUGCGCGAUAUUGUUGUUGUACCACUGUUGUGA